AUGACUGUAGAGGAAACCGAAGAGGACGUGCAACACGUUUCGGAAGCGCCCACCACCUCAAGGUCGCCCAGAGCCCCUAAGCCUAUCCCUGAAGAUGACGGAAUGGGGCUAUUGCGCAGACGGAUUCUCGCAAUUCAGGCGCAGGACCUUCCUGCCAACGAGAAAGCGCAGCUGAUGCACCGCCUGUUUAUCGAGAAGUACGCUAAAGCACAAAUCUCGAAUAAUGCACGCUCGGAACUUUUGGCGGCCGUAGAACGACCAACGACAUCGACCGAUGGCUCGUCGUGGCAGCAGCGAAUCACUGGGGGCUCCCUAGACUCGCUGAAGUUUUGGCAGAAUGUCCUGGGCGAGUCCAGCACACAGGAAGAGUUCACGUUGACAGAGGACGACACGAGACCUACAUAUGUGCCUGCAGGCCCUGACGACGAUCCAAGCGAUCGCCCAUUGGGAUGCCAGCACUACAUGCGAAAUGUUAAGCUCCAAUGCUCAACCUGCGAGCGGUGGUACACUUGUCGGUUUUGCCAUAAUGAGGCCGAGGAUCACGAGUUGAUUCGGAAAGAGACCAAGAACAUGCUCUGCAUGUACUGCGGAACCGCGCAAAAGGCCGGCGAGGUGUGCGUGGCUUGUGGCGUGUCUGCUGCAAGGUACUACUGUAGUGUCUGCAAGCUCUGGAACAAUGACCCCGACAAGAAUGUCUAUCAUUGCGAUGAUUGUGGCAUUUGCCGGGUGGGAAGAGGCAUUGGGAAAGAUUUCUUCCACUGCAAGAGAUGUGUGGCCUGCAUCGCCAUCUCGACAGUUCACGAUCACAAGUGUUUCGAGCGGGCUACAGACUGUGAUUGUCCCAUCUGCGGCGAGUACAUGUUCACGUCACCAAAGCCGGUUGUCUUCAUGAAAUGUGGACACAGCAUUCACCGCAAUUGCUUCGACGACUACAUGCACACUUCGUACAAGUGUCCCAUUUGCAACAAGAGUGUUGUCAACAUGGAAAUACAAUUCCGCAACCUCGACCUGGCCAUUGCGGCCCAGCCGAUGCCCCCGGAGCUCCGGGACACGCAAGCCGUUGUCUUGUGUAACGAUUGUUCUGCGAAAAGCUCUGUUCAGUAUCACUGGCUUGGCCUCAAAUGCGGCGUCUGUCAGUCCUAUAACACGGCACAGCUACAGAUCACUGGGUCAACCGACACUUCCACUCCGGCGCCGGCAGCAAUGCAGACGCCAGCCACAACGUCUCUCAAUACCGCGGUCCAUAAUGUCACAUUUGCCGACGCACCUGCUGCCAGUCCUGUAGAAAUCCCCAACUCUCGAGAAACGCUCAGAAGACGCCGCCAUUCUUCAAGUUACACAGGCCCCCCGGUCCCCGAGACCGAUACAGAUCGUCGCGUCCAAAAUCGGCUUGCACGGUCAGAGUCGCCGACUGCCUUCGCCGCGCGUCACCUAGGUCGCGCCCAUCCAAUGGAUAUUGAGGAAGAAGACGAGGAGGAUAUGCUGGGACUGUGGAGCCGGAUCCCUCGCAGCAUAACAUCAGACGACGAGGCUGGUGACCAAGAAGCACCAGAUGACACUGAUGAAGAGUCAGAAGAGGAGACCGAUGACGACGAUGAGAAUCUUGAUGAUGAAGACGAUGACGAUGAAGAUGAAGAUGAAGGAACACGACUUGGUUUCUUCAUGCCGGGACAUCGAUAG